ACUUACUGCAAUGUGCAUUGCUGCCGAUGUUGAUGAUUUACAAACCAUUUUUAAUUCUAUUAAACCUUGGUUUGAUUCGUCUGAAAGGCCUCAAAAGAAAGCUUACAGACUUUUGGCACAGAUUUAUCAUAGAAUAAACGAGGAUGACUUGAAAUCGUUUUUUGCGAAUAAUAAACCAUUUUUGAAGGAAAUAAUAUGUUCAGGCUAUGAAAAAAUUCAGUGCUGUUCUUUACCUUGGCGCGUUGCAAUUUACAGAAACGUUGGUUUUAAAGUUUUAUCUAAUCUAGGAUAG